AUGGACACUAUGAAUACAGGAAACACUUUGAAUAGUAAAUUCAUAACUGAGGGUUCGUGGAGACCUGAUUUAUUCAAGGGUAAAGUAGCAUUUGUCACAGGUGGUGCUGGGACGAUAUGCCGGGUGCAGACAGAAGCCUUGGUUCUUCUUGGCUGUAAAGCAGCCAUUGUAGGAAGAGAUCAGGAAAGAACAGAAAAAGCGGCUAAAGGUAUUUCGCAGUUGGCAAAAGACGAAGAUGCAGUUUUGGCUAUUGCAAACGUCGAUGUUCGCAAUUUUGAACAGGUGGAGAAGGCGGUUGAAAAGACAGUACAGGAAUUCGGCAAGAUCGAUUUUGUCAUUGCUGGUGCUGCCGGAAAUUUUGUCUGCGAUUUUGUUAACCUCUCUCCAAAUGCCUUCAAAUCUGUUGUUGAUAUAGAUUUAUUAGGAAGUUUCAAUACCGCAAAGGCAUGCGUAAAGGAGCUGAAAAAAUCAAAGGGCUCCAUUCUUUUUGUCUCCGCCACUUUCCAUUACUAUGGUGUGCCCUUCCAAGGCCAUGUCGGCGCCGCUAAAGCGGGAAUAGAUGCCUUGGCUAAGAAUCUAGCGGUUGAAUUGGGCCCUCUGGGCAUACGUUCAAAUUGCAUUGCUCCAGGUGCUAUUGAUAAUACGGAAGGCUUAAAAAGAUUGGCAGGGAAGAAAUAUAAGGAAAAGGCCUUGGCAAAGAUACCAUUACAAAGGUUAGGAUCUACAAGAGAUAUAGCCGAAUCUACGGUUUAUAUUUUUUCGCCCGCCGCAUCAUAUGUCACCGGUACCGUCUUGGUUGUUGAUGGCGGUAUGUGGCAUUUAGGAACAUACUUCGGACAUGAGUUGUAUCCAGAAGCCUUAAUCAAGAGUAUGACGUCUAAACUAUAA